AUGUCUCAGCAGCCAGUUCCUCCUCUUCCGCCCGGUGCAGGCGCCGCUGGAGCUGGUGUGCACUAUGCACCUUCUCCACCGCGUUCUCGUGAUCAGAGUCCGUCUAGACGCGAUCCGUUCAUGGAUCCAUCUGCUGGCCCAAACUAUCCAAUGGGCUCCCUCACCGCACCCAACGCCGGUGGUGGACCUGGGAGUAACUAUGGAACUGCUCCUAGCUCACCAUACCAUACACCAGCUUCGCAGUACGGCGGCUCGAUCAACCAGAGUCUCUACGCGCAAAACUCACAAGGCUACCAUCAGCAGCCAUACAGCAGCCAUACAGGAGUGAGCACAUCGACCGUUCAACUUCAAGACUUUGGACCCGUCGAUCAUGAUAGUACGACCGGACAUAGUCGAUAUCAGCACGACGAGACAGACGAAAACCAGCCGCUCAAUGCUGGCGCAAACUUUACGGGUGGUUUCUAUCCACCACCGAAUAGUGCAGGAAUGGGCAUGCCUUCACCGACCACCACCGCGGCCUCGGUCAAUGCCUCGUGGCGGAACCGCCAGACGAUCAAGCGAGGCAAGACCAAAAAGGUCAAACUGACAAGGGGAAACUUUAUCACCGAAUAUCCUGUUCCAACUCCUGUUAGCAAUGCCAUCGAGGCAAAGUGGAAAGGUGCAACCACCAGUACCGAAUUUACGCACAUGCGAUACAGCGCCGCCACAUGUGAUCCUGAUGAGUAUACAAGGGACAAUGGCUGGACUUUCCGCCAAGUCUUGUAUAACCGUCCAACCGAAUUGUUGAUUGCGGUCACUUCUUACAACGAGGACAAGACUCUCUACUCGCGUACCUUGCAUGGUGUCAUGCUCAAUAUCCGCGACAUCUGCAAGACCAAGCAGAGCAAGUAUUGGCGCAAGUCUCAGGAAGAAGGCAUCCCCGGUUGGCAGCGAAUCACAGUCGCGCUCAUUGUCGAUGGUCUCAAGGUCAUGGACAAGACGGUACUGGACAUUCUCGCCACUAUUGGAGUGUAUCAAGAUGGCAUUAUGAAACAACAAGUCGAUGGAAAAGACACGGUCGCCCACAUUUUCGAGUAUACGACCCAGCUCAGCGUCGACUCGACGCCCCAACUCGUGCUCCCCCAUGGCGACGACACGAACAAUCUUGUUCCAGUCCAGAUCAUUCUCAUUAUCAAGGCGCAGAAUCAAAAGAAGAUUAACUCUCAUCGAUGGCUUUUCAACGCUAUUGGCAAGCAGUUGCAGCCAGAAGUCUGUGUCCUGAUCGAUGCUGGUACCAAGCCCGGUCACAAGAGUAUCUUCCAUCUUUGGGACGCCUUUUAUAACGAUCCCAACCUCGGUGGUGCUUGCGGCGAGAUUCACGCCAUGUUAAAGGGUGGAAAGAAGCUCCUGAAUCCACUCGUCGCGGCACAAAACUUUGAAUACAAAAUGUCCAACAUCCUCGACAAGCCCCUAGAGAGCUCCUUCGGUUAUGUCUCUGUGUUGCCCGGAGCUUUCAGUGCGUACCGAUACCGCGCGAUUCAAGGAAGGCCUUUGGAUCAGUACUUCCACGGAGAUCAUUCGAUGGCCGACAGGUUGGGUAAAAAGGGUAUCUACGGCAUGAACAUUUUCACGAAGAACAUGUUCUUGGCCGAAGAUCGUAUCCUCUGUUUCGAACUCGUCGCCAAGGCAAAUGCGCAGUGGACCCUGACGUAUGUGAAGCCUAGCAAGGCGGAGACGGACGUACCCGAAAGCGCAGCCGAGCUUAUUGGACAGCGUCGACGAUGGCUCAAUGGCUCUUUCGCUGCCAGCGUUGUGCGUAUAGCCCACUACAUUUCAUUCAAGUUUACUGAUAGUUGGAAUAGUAUGCUCUCAUUCACUUCUUCAGUAUCUACAAGUCAAGCCAUGGCAUCGUCCGCAUGUUCUUUCUUCCAUAUUCAAGCCCUCUACAACCUCGUGAACCUCAUCUUCUCCUGGUUCGCGCUAGCAAACCUCUGGUUGACAUUCAGCAUCAUCAUCGACCUCCCCGUAACCAGCCACAUCUAUCCGUUCGGAAAUGAAACAGUCACCGCCUGGGCCAACGCAAUCUUUAGAUGGACAUAUCUCGCGGUCUUGGGUUUGAACUUUAUCAUCGCUCUGGGGAAUCGCCCGAAGGGUGAGAGAUUCAUGUACGUAUCAAGCUUGUGGGUAUACGGUAUCCUCGCCGUAUACCUAUUCGCUUGCUCCAUCAUCCUUACGGUUAAAUCAUUCUCGACAAUCGACUUCCAAAACUCGAAUACGGCUGCAAGUCGGUUACAAGUUUUGUUGACGGGUACCAACGGGACGCUCAUGGCGGCACUUAUGGCGACAUUUGGUAUCUACCUGCUGUCGUCGCUUCUUUACCGCGACCCAUGGCACAUGUUCACGAGUCUUCCCGCCUACAUCUGCCUUGCUCCCAGUUUUACCAACGUCCUCAACGUCUAUGCGUUUUGCAACCUACACGACGUCUCUUGGGGCACCAAGGGAAGCGACAAGGAUGAUGGACUUACUGUGGUCUCUUCCAAAAAAGGCAAGGGUGAUGCUCCUGAUACGGUGGAAGAUGUGGAAAAGGUACAAGAGGAUCUUGACUCGGCCUUCCAAGAGACUGUUCAGCGUGCGAUGAAGAAACUGGAAGUCAAAGAGGAAGUUGAACAGCCUACGAUGGAUGACUCGAACAGGGCGUUCCGCACACGUCUCGUCGUCGUUUGGAUGCUUACGAAUGCCAUGCUCGCCGUGCUCGUUGCCAACAUUAAUGGUCCCCGGCCAAAGGGAACCAGCCUGGAGGAUAUCGAAUUGCAACUCCGCGAGAGACAAUCGUUCUACUUCAAGGUUAUCCUGUGGUCGACCUUUGGCCUUUCGUUUGUCCGGUUCCUCGGCUGCCUCUUCUACUGGUUCCGUCGUAACAUCUUCCGCUGGUUCCGUCGGAAUUAG